GGUUAAAUAAAUAUCUGUUUUGUUUUGCGAAUCGAUAUAAGCAUUCUAAAUUUAAUGUGGACUUGGUUGUUGACGUGAACUUAGUUCUUGUUCGUUAUUAAGUUUUGCAAACAAACAAUAUGAAGGUCAAAUCAUCUUUUGCUGCGCUUUUGUGGACAAUCUUUUUUAUUAUGCCAAACAUCUUUGCUGAGUCGGAUUUUACUAUGAGUUUCACAAUCGAUGUUCCACAUGACAUUGCCUUAAAUCACAAAUCCCCUCCAUUAGCUGAUGAUCCAACUGCAGACAAAAAUCACCAAAAAAGCCAGCCUAUUGAUUCUUUUCCGCCAAAAAUGAAUGCCAAGAAGAAAACUAAAGCUUACAGCGCAGUGUUACUAAUUAAACCAGUAGAACCCAACAGUAAUUGGGAAUCCGAAUUUUCCUCAAUAAUUAAAGACAACUUAGUGAAUAAAGAUUCAUAUGUUAAGAUUCAAGAUAAUCAUGGAUUAAGAAAGACAAUCCGGAAAUCCGAGGCUUCGCACAAAUUUGUAGUCAUACCAAUGGCGAAUUCUGUAAAGUCUUUAAAGUCAUUAGCCCACAUAAUAAAAAGCCGAAAUGAAUCUUCUUUAUUUCCAGAAGAGAUGGCUAUGCCUAAACUGGAAGGGAUUCCAGAGAUUAUAAGAAUCAUGCCAGUUAAAAUGCCUUAUAGGGAGUCAAGAUUUGUGCCAAGAACCAAGAACAGUCCUCAAAAUCUUGACAGUAUAACAAAAUUAAACAUUACGAACGAUGAACAUUCGGUAAAAACAACAGAAUCUUCGAGUAAGAAAUAUUUAGCCGCACCUUUAUUCAGAAAAUACAUCCUAACCAGGCCCAGUCAACCCUCAACUACUGAAAGCCAUAUAGAAACCCUACCCAACAACAACCGUGUCACAGCAACAACCGUAAAAACAGAAGAAACAGAAUCCAUUCUAAACACAGCGCUUGGUGAAUUAGAAAAUGUUGAGUUGGAGAAAGAAAUCGACUCGUUCUUGGAUGAUAUCGAUGUUGAAAUAGUCGACCAUUCAUCUGCCAAUAAGAUCGAUAAAAAAGCACCAAUCGAUGUCAACAUUCACAGAACAUUAUCUGAGGAAAACUCUGGCAACGAAAGCAAAUUCGGAAUUAUCUUCAAGUUAUUUGAUGAUAUUGAUUCUACUGAAAAUGACAGAGUUGUCCAAUGGCCUGAUGACAAUCCCGAUAAAAAUACGCCAGAGGAAGAAAUGACUCACGAGAGCGGUUCAAGAAUUAAAAAUAAUGUUGUAUUCCUACGUUUGUUUCCAAAAUUUAACGAAAAAAACCCUUUAAAACCGGUAAACCUUAAUCCGGAAGAACACCCCAAUCUUUUCAGGAGUCUACUAACCACAUCUUUGGCUAAUAAUAAUAUGCCAGAUAAAAUCAAAGCUUUGAAUGUGGGUUUUAAUGGAAUUAUAAAAACUAAAAGAAUUCCUUUCAACGAUAACGCGAUCAAAUUUAGUGACAAUGGAUAUGUGGAUUCGCCAACACCUGUAUCUUUUUCGAAUGUUCUUGAAAAUUAUCCUCAGAGUUUAAAAUACAGCCCCUUCCAUGUUCAACGUGAAGUAAUGGUAUCAGAAGGUGAAGAUAUACCUAAAAUGGAAGAGAUACGUGUUGAAAAGCUAUCAGAAUUAAUACAGCAACCUGUGGAACUUUUCGGAGGCAAAACUUUUCCAGCGAUUCCUUGGGACGAAGAAAUUUAUAAUGAGAUAAAAGAUAAUUUCAUUUAUGUAUAAACUUAUAAGACGAUUUUCUAAAAACACUGAAGUUCAAACUUAAGAAUAUUUUCUGCCAUUAACUUACUGGAAAAAAUAUAUGUAAAUGUA